AUGGAUUCAUCAAAUGAAAAUUCAACACCAUUGGGCAAUGGUAUUACACCAGAAAUGAGUGAAGAAGCGAAAUUAAAAGCUAAAUAUGGUGGUGCACUUCCGCGACAACAAAAAUUAUUAACAAAAAAAUUAAUGACUAAACCAAAAUAUUUCGAUUCUGGUGAUUAUAAUGUUGCUAAAGCUCAAGGUAAAUUAGAUGCAAGUAAACCUGAUUCAACAACAAAAUUCACUAAUGAUAAAGAAGCACCAACACUAAUUGUACCUGAAACAGUAACUGGACAUGAAAUUCCAACACCUGAAACCGUUAUGCCAAGAAAAUUAUCGUGUGCAGCAUCAAUGACACCAACAUCAGCACAAUAA